GGGGACCAGAUCAGAUCAGAUCGCGCGCCUCCCCCCUGCCUGCUUGCUGCAUGUGUGCUUUGCUUUGCUCGUGCUGCAGGCAGUUGGUGAGCUGAGCCGCUGGAUCGAGCUCGAGCACCAGGCCAGGUCGCAACUCGCAAAGGCUCCACGCGCCUCUGCCCGCCACUCGCGGAUCCUGUCUUUGCCCCCCCUUGAGCGCCACCAACCCAAACGUGCACAUGGAUGCAUGCCUACACGCGCUUACUACCAGGCAAGCUCAACCUCCAGUGUCCCCGGGCUGCCCGUGGCCGGCGCCGCCCCUCUCUUUAUAUACCCCGUCCAAUUCUCCCCCUUCCCCAUCACAAGCUCCCAACAAGCUCAAGCAAGCAGCAGAAGCCAGCUAAGUCAACGACUAGCUCGGUAGCUCCUCGAUCGAGCUCGCAACAACACAUACAAACAAUGGCGCCCAGCUUCGGCCGCUCCAUCUCCUUCCCGCUGAGCCCGGCUCGGACCUCCAGGGCGCGCGCCGCCGCCUACCACGUCCGCUCCGCCAGCCUCCCCGGCCACAACCACAACUAUUCCUCCCACCCGCUCCUCGCCCACCUCAGCUCCCACAUCGCCGCCAUCCGCUCCUGGGCCGCCGCCAGCCCUGCCGUUGCUUCCCCCGCCACGGGCCUCGCCCAUCUCGCCGCGCUCCACGCCGCCCUCGCCGACCUCCUCCUCCUCCCGGAAGCCCAGUCCGCCCUCGCUUCCUCCGCCUCCUCCGGCGGCCUGCUCGACGCCUUCCUCCUCCUCGCCGACGCGCACCAGGGCUUCCAGGACGCCCUGCUCGAGCUCAAGGCCCACGCCGCCGACGCCCAGGCCGCGCUCCGACGCCGCGACGCGCCCCGCCUCGCCGCCGCGCUCCGCUCCACCCGCCGCGCCGACAAGGACCUCGCCCGCCUCGCCGCAUCCGCGCGCGCCGCCGCCUGCACCAAAUCCCCCUCAUCCAACGGCACCGAGGUGGCCGGCGCGAUCGCCGACUCCGUGCUCGCGGCCGCGCACGCGUCGGCCGCCGUGUUCGCCGCCGUCGAGUCCCUCUCCGCUUCAGCGACUGCUGUGGCCUCCAAGAAGAGCACGGCAUCGUUGUCGUUCAUGGCUCUCGUGAAGCGGACCAAGGCUGCCUCCUCCCCCGAUGCCGACGAGGAGGACAGGGAGAUGGCCGCCUUGGAGAAUCUGGAGGCGUGCGCGGCGGAGAUGGAGAGCGGGAGCGACGCGGUGUUCAGAGCCAUCCUGCGCACCAGGGUCGCGCUCCUCAACAUCCAGACCCAAACGUGCUGUUGAGCAAGCAAUUAUCAGUAGCAGGCAGUGUAUCUGAUCUGACGUAUCUAGUAGUUCUUGGACAUUCGUUCUGAUGUCUGUCCAAACCCCCAAGUGUACAUAUACCAAUUGAUCGAUCAACGAAUUAAGAGCAAAACUAGCUCUCGUUUCACAGCA